GUGACAGUUAUCCAUCUCCAGCCAGUGGCUUCAAGACAUCCUACACACGCACACACAGAAUGAAGUUGUUGGUAGUUGUGGCUGCUGCUCUGGCAGUGGCGAGUGCCGCUAGCCUCUCAUUGGAGGACUUGGAGUUCCAUGCCUGGAAACUGAAGUUUGGGAAGUCUUACAGCUCUCAGGUGGAGGAGGCUCAGCGUAUGAGAUCCUGGAUCUCUAACCGGAAGCUGGUAGUGGUUCACAACAUGCUGGCUGACAAUGGCAUCAAGUCCUACCGCCUGGGCAUGACCUACUUCGCUGACAUGGAUAACGAGGAGUACAGACGCGUCAUCUCCCAGGGCUGCCUGGGCUCCUUCAAUGCCUCCAAGGCCCGCGGUGGCUCUACCUUCUUCCCAAUGCUUGGGGACAACGACCUGCCCACCACCGUGGACUGGAGGGACAAGGGCUACGUCACCCCCAUCAAGGACCAGAAACAGUGUGGCUCCUGCUGGGCAUUCAGUGCGACUGGAUCUCUGGAAGGCCAGCACUAUAAGAAGACCAAUAAGCUGGUGUCCCUCAGUGAGCAGCAGCUGGUUGACUGCUCCGGUGAUUUCGGCAACAUGGGCUGCAUGGGCGGUCUCAUGGACCAGGCCUUUGAGUACAUCAAGUCCUUGGCCCCUGGAGGCGUGGAUACUGAGGACUCCUACCCCUACCAGGCUGAGGACAAGAAGUGCCGCUACAAGCCCGACAGUGUGGGUGCCACCUGCAGCGGGUUUGUUGAUGUGACCAGUGGUGACGAGAACGCACUGCAGCAGGCGGUGUCCACCGUGGGACCGGUAUCUGUGGCUAUCGAUGCUGCACACUCCUCCUUCCAGCUCUACGACUCAGGUGUCUAUGAUGAGCCAGAGUGCAGCAGUGAUGAUCUGGAUCAUGGUGUGCUGGCUGUUGGCUAUGGCACUAGUGAUGACGGCCAGGACUACUGGCUGGUGAAGAACAGCUGGGGCCUUGAAUGGGGAGAUAAAGGCUACAUCAUGAUGUCCAGGAACAAGCACAACCAGUGUGGCAUCGCCACCGCUUCCAGCUACCCCCUGGUCUAAGGAUCCAGGAGAGGAUAUCUGAAGCUUACGGAGGGUGAGAGGAUAUCUGAAGUUUACGGAGGGUGAGAGGAUAUCUGAAGUUUACGGAGGGUGAGAGGAUAUCUGAAGUUUACGGAGGGUGAGAGGAUAUCUGAAGUUUACGGAGGGUGAGAGGAUAUCUGAAGCUUACGGAGGGUGAGAGGAUAUCUGAAGCUUACGGAGGGUGAAGAUGACUUGACACAGACAAAACCAGAGCAAUAAUUUAAGCAAAUUUGAGUUUUUGUAGCAAUAACCAGAAUUUUUAGAUGUUGUGCAUUAUUUCUUUGGUAGUUGAGGGUCACACAUUUCAUUAUACAGUAACACCCAGAAAAUAGUCCUGUUCUAAGAAUGUUAUUCAUGCGCAAAAAAAAAACACUAAAAAUCAUUCUGAUUUUCAAAUGUAAAUAAAUGUAAAAAAUUAAGAAAAUAAAAGUUUUACACCUGUGCAACUA